CAGGGAUCUCGGGUUGUGUCGCACGUCUUUGUCAUCCCGGGACCCGCUACACAGACGAAUAAUGAAGGCUCUACAGUUCUCGCUAAGAGAGGUACCGAGGCCGAGCUUUGUCUUUUAUGGGUCAGUGCCACUAUGCGAACAAAACUGUAACGCAGUCAAUCUACAGUACAGAGAAAUCAUCGUAGUAAAAGAUGGGACGCGAUGCAAAUGAAGAUCAUAUUGUCAUGGCGCAUUUCUACCGGGCACAGAUUGCGAGACGGAAACACUGGCGAAUGCUGUCAGUAAUCUUUCUUUCCCUGCACGGCACAUUGCCUUCUGAUCAGAUGCCGACACGUUCAAUAUGGGUACCACGGCGCACAAAGUGGAAGGAUUCUGCUCACGAAGGUGAGGGUGCUGGCGGUUGCUCUCGCACCACGAUUCACCGCAGAUGUAUAAUAGAGCAGACGAGCAUGUCGAAAACCAUCGACGAGUGGCCAACUUUUGCAAGUCCGUACAGCAUGAGCGUGGCCGCCACCAAGCCGACCGAACGGUCCAUAAGACCAAUGCAAGUCUGUAGAGCCCUGGAAAUCGUGAGUCGUGGAGGCUCACUUUGUGCAGCUCGCUCUUGGCUCCAACAGGCGACUGGCGGCGACCGCGUUCAUAGUGGGUCGGCGAACAGAACUGUUGCUAGGUGA